UAUAGGGCAAAACUUGCCAAGGAAGAUGCCGCAGACGACGGGAAGAUACCGUAGAAAAUGUUUAGACGCCGUGAGGGACGCGUAGCAGACUUUAGGAUGCUGUAGAGGACGUGUAAGAGGCUACAGGAUGUCAUAGAUAUGUAAAAGAUUGACUGAUACAGGGAAACAUGUAGAAGAAUGUAGGAUGUCGGAGAAGACAUCCUAACAACCCAAAUAUAUCCUUGUAAGAGUAUUAUCUGGCUGAAGGACGAGUGGUCGCACCAGCGCAGGAAAUCCUGGCUCACGGUCUUCAUGGUGACUGCUCCUCAAUGGUUCGAAAUCGGACGAUACAAAACCUGUCCUUUGCUGCGCUCAUUUCUACUACAUAUUUGUCUCUAAGUCCUCAGUCUUCUUGUUCUUCUUUUUCUUCUCUAAUUAUUAUCAUUUGCUGUUUUUUUAUUAUCACAAUUAUCAUUUUAAUCAUUGUCAUUUUUACCAUCAUUAUCAUCAUUACCACUACAGCUGCUACUGCUAUUGUUGCCAUCACAUAUUUUUUAUCAUCACAAACAGCAUUAUGAACGCCAUUUUUAAUGGAAUCAUCAUUAUUAUGAUUGUUUAUACUACAGACUACUCGUUUUAUCCGGAAAUUGCAUGACACAUUCAUAUGAUGGUGACAAAAUAGUGUAUGAUGUGCUAUAAUGAUUACCUAUUUCUUGUUUAUUCUAAUCGUUAUCAUUGUUUUUUUAAGUCUUCCUACUGAGCAUUGCUUUGACGUCAAAUAUCUCGACUUAACAAUGCUUGUUUGUGCAUCUUGCUCCUCCCCUUAGCUGAAGAGGCCCCUCCCACCUAUACCGGGAAGCACUGAGACCUGUCACAUGAGCAGUACGGGAGGAACUACAGCCCCCUGUAGGAGUGCGAGAGUAGAGCUUUGGAAACUGUACCAUUGUGGAAAUCUUUGCUAAAUAAGAAAAGUAAACGUUCAGGGAUAUGAUUGGCGAAGUCCUGACGUGGGUCGGGGAGAGCCUCGGGUUUGCGGGGUCGUGCCUGCUCGCCCUGGUCGUCCUCCUCAUCUUCGUCCUGCCCAGGGGUCGUCCCAAAAACUUCCCACCAGGUUUACCGAUGCUGCCGCUGAUAGGAUCUAUGCCGUUCACAAGAGGGCCAAUCACGCGGUCUUUCAUUAACUCUUUGAGGAAGAAAUAUGGAGAUCUGGCAAGUUUCGCCAUUCUUAAUGCAAGGAUUGUGUUGGUCAGCAACGUGAAGACCAUCAAGGAGGUGUUCUCGCAGGCGAAGACAGCAGGACGCCCCGAGCUGUUCAUCAUCACCGUCAGGAAUAACUUGCUCACUGACGGUAGACACUCGGCCCUCGGGAUUCUUGGCUCGUCAGGAGAGCUGUGGCACGAGCAGAGGCGCUUCGUCCUGCGCCAUCUGAGGGACUUGGGCUUCGGCAAGACCAGCCUGGAGCCGCUCAUGAUCCUCGAGGUCAAGGAGCUGAUGGACCACAUCGCGAAGCAGAAGGAUUCGCCGAUUGUCAUGCAGCGCUUCUUCAACCGGUCAAUCAUCAACGUGAUCUGGGCGAUGGUGAUGGGCAAGAGGUACUCCUACGACGACGCCAAACUGGCCACCCUCCUGAAGACGUUCAUCGCCCCGGCCGACAUCAACUUCCUCUCCCCUCUCCACUUCAUCCCCGGAGCGCUGACGUUAGCUCCCUACUUACCGAUCCUAAAGGACGACGUUAAGCCAUUCAAGAACGUUACGAACUUUAUCAGGACCGAGCUGGAGGAAUUCCAGCGCGACGAGACGGCGAAGAAAAGCGACUGCCUGACGUCCUUGUACCUUCGAGAGAUCGAGGAGCACAAGGACAAGCCUUCCUUCUUCCACUUUGAUCAACUAGUGUCCGUGAUUUUCGAAAUGUUUGUUGCCGGAAGCGAGACCACGUCCAGCACACUGGCCAUGGCGGUGUACUUGCUCGCCAAACACCCGGAGAUCCAAAAGCGCGUCCAUGAGGAACUGGACAGGGUGGUGGGCCGAGACCAGCUGCCGUCCUUCUCUCAAAUGGACCAAUUACCGUACACGCUGGCGACCAUCCACGAGGUGCAAAGGACAUUCAAGCUCGUCCCCUUCAGUCUCCCGCAUUCAGUGAUGGAGGAUAUCACGGUCAAUGGUUACAACAUCCCCAAAGGAACAAUUCUCAUCGCCAACAUGGAGGACUGCCUGAAGGACCCAGCUUUGUGGAAGAACUCUAAUGAGUUCGACCCAAGGAACUUCCUUGAUGACGAGGGAAAAUACAAACGAAAUGAGGCCUUUAUGCCUUUCGGAUCGGGCAAGAGGCAGUGCGUGGGAGAGCCCUUGGCCCGCCUGGAGCUCUUCCUCUUCUUCGCCUGUGUCAUGCAGCGCUUCCACUUCUACGACGUGGAUGCAGAGCCGAUGACAAACAACAACCCACUCUUCAGCGCGACGCCAAAGUAUACGGUUAAAGCAAAGGCUAGGUUCUAAUGUGCGAGUGUACAGGUCACUCGUUUCUCCAUUCUCUCCCCC